CUUUUGUCGCUGGUGUGUCUCGUCGUCGCCGUUAGGAUUGUAGUGUUCGCACUAUUCUUUUCUAAAUCCUUAUUCAUUAAUACAGCGUGUGUAGCCAAAGCCAGCGUAAACAAUGGCGGAUCAGCAAGAAAACAAGGACUUCAGUGACGACGUGGCGGAGCAAAAUUUCGAUAAGAACGGCGAGGCUGAGGGCGGCAUCGGCGGUGGCGGCGACGCCGUGGAAAAUGGCCAGGACUCGCAGGAAGACAGAAAGUUAUUUGUCGGUGGCUUGAGCUGGGAGACAACUGACAAGGAAUUAAGAGAUCAUUUUAGCACAUAUGGAGAGAUUGAGAGUAUUAAUGUUAAGACAGACCCCAACACGGGGAGAUCGAGGGGUUUUGCCUUCAUUGUCUUUGCCAAAGCCGAAGCUCUUGACAAGAUCAUGUCGGCCGGUGAUCACGUUAUCAACAACAAGAAGGUCGAUCCGAAGAAGGCGAAGGCCAGACACGGCAAAAUCUUCGUUGGCGGCCUUUCGACGGAACUGUCCGACGACGAUAUCAAAAACUUCUUCUCACAGUUUGGUAAUAUCGUUGAAGUGGAGAUGCCGUUCGACAAAACAAAGAACCAGAGAAAAGCGUUCUGCUUUAUUACAUUCGAAUCUGAACAGGUAGUCAAUGAAUUACUCAAGACGCCGAAACAGACUAUCAAUGGAAAAGCGGUGGACGUGAAAAAGGCGACGCCCAAACCUGUAGACGGCACGUACGGGAUGCGCGGUGGAAUGAUGGGUCGCGGUAGAGGCGCUCGAGGUGGACGAGGUCGUGGAUUCGGUGGACAGGGCGGCUGGGGACAGGGCUACGGCGGCGGUUACGGUGGUGGGUACGGCCAGGGUGGCUACGGUGGUGGCUACGACGGUUAUGGCGGUUAUGAUUAUUAUGGCGGCGGUUACGGAGGCUACGGUGGCUACGACUACAGCGGUUACGGCGAUGGCUAUGGCUAUGGCGGUGGUAAUUACGAAGGUGGCUACGCGGGCGGGCGCGGUGGUGCACGCGGUAAAGGUUCUCUUCCUCACUACAGAUCUCGUCGCUCGUCCAAUCAUCAUUCCAUUUAACCGCGUCCCUUCCAGAAGAUUUCAACAAAACCACACUAUACCGAGAAAACUAUAAACGAGACAGACAGCAGUUAUAGCGAUUUCAUUUUAUAUUUAACUCUCUCUCCACGUCUAUAUGCUUCCCUUUCUGCCGUUUGCAGUCUGAACCUUGUUUCUUCUCCUUUUUAACAAUGCGAUCGCGGUAGAAAAGCAAGCAUAUAUAUACACACACACACACACACACAUAUAUAUAUAUAUAUUAUAUAAAAGAAACUAAAGAAAACCACUGACAGCAUUGAAUGUAUGCCGAACAAAGAUAUGAAGUAUCCAACAGUAUAAACAACCUCGAAAGGAAUAAUGUUGCCGUAAUAAUAGAUGAAACGAAGUAAGAAUAGUUGUAUAAAAUAAAAAAAAAGGAUUGUAAACACACGGUAACGCGCGAUAUAAAAAAUAUCUGCGUCAUUACUGAGGAACCGAUCGUACGAGAUUAUUUCCAUUUGUAACCCACUACUACGACACGUGUCUUUUUUUAUCUCCCGAUGCUCUCGAAUUAGUUAGAUUGGAUUACGGUUAGAGUAAGCGCGAUCUUCGACUACAGCUACAUUUAUGACGAGUACAAAAGUCGAACUGAUUGUAUGCAAGUAUACCGAUCUUUGUAUUAAUGCGUGCCGAAGAAAAUUGCCGUUUGGCGGAACUUUUCUCUAUCGUGCUCGAUGUUAUAUCUUUUAAAAUAUAACGCCACUGUGUUGUGUACAUAACUCCAAUACGAGUCGUUCUCAUUAACAUAACAUUGUAUCUUUUGUAAAUCGGAGCGUUCAGAAUCGAAGAAAAGUAUAUAUUUGA